CUCUGCUCCAUUCACCUCACAAGAAAGCAGGAAACUGGCUUGAAUUCUGUCCCCUGUCCUCCUCCUGUCAUUUCUCUGGAACUCCCCCCUAUUCCAGACACAAUACAAAUAGGAGAGGGCACAUCAUCUGCAGUCAGCAUCCCCAGCUGGAGCCUGAGCAGGAGACUGGGAGCUGCAGGCACCUCAUUCAAGGAUGCACCAGCCUUUCAAAGAAGAAUUCAGCUAUGGAUCAAGCUACCUCGAGAACUCCAUCCAAGAGCACAGAGGAGACAAGCUACAGAUAAGGAUGUUCUGUGGGUCAUGCGAUUCAGAUUCAGAUAUGCUUCAGAACUUAAAUAUUUAUAGAAAAAGUGGAGUGUUUACAGAUGUUAUUCUUCAUAUUGAUGGACAUGACUUUCCCUGUCACAGGGUCAUUCUGUCAGCCAACAGCUCCUAUUUCAGAGCCAUGUUUGGUGGCAGUCACAAAGAGAGCAGUCUAAAUGUUGUGCCUGUCCAGAAGAUCUCAGCGUCUAUCAUGAGUCUUCUCUUGGACUACAUGUAUGGUGGGAGCCUUACAAUAGAAGAAGACAAUGUGGAGGGAAUCUUGCAAGCUUCAGACAUGCUACACAUCUACAGAUUAAGAGACGCGUGUGUAAAAUUUCUAGAGAACCAACUACAUCCUUGUAACUGUGUUGGUAUCAUGAAGUUUGCAGACUCAUUUUCCAUUGCUUCAUUGUCCGAGAAAAGCAAGAAGCUCAUGUUAGAAGGUUUCUCAGAGGUGUCUUGUCACGAGGAGUUCUUGGAGUUAAAUCAAGAGGAGCUUAUUGAGUAUUUGACUAACGAGCAGUUGGUGGUGACUAAAGAGGAAGUUGUGUUUGAAGCAGUCAUGCGAUGGGUUAAUAGGAACAGAAGUGGAAGAAAAAAAGCCUUGAAAAGUCUUUUAGAACAUGUGAAAUUACCUUUGCUGAAUCCAGUUUAUUUUAUGGAGAAAGUUGAAACAGACAAGACAAUCCAAGAAUCUGUAGAUUGUUUCCCAUUACUGUACGAGGCGCGAAUGCACUAUAUUCUAGGGAAUGUAGUAAAUUCACCCAGAACAAGGCCAAGAAGGUCCACUGACAUUUCAGAGGCAAUCGUGAUCAUUGGUGGCUGUGAUAAAAAGGGCCUCUUAAAAUUGCCAUACACCGAGAGCUACCAUCCCAAUAGUCGACAGUGGACAUCUCUGCCCAGUUUGCCUGGAUACACCAAAUCAGAGUUUGCUGCUUGUGUCUUGAAGAAUAAUAUUUAUAUUUCAGGCGGUCAUAUUAACAGCGAUGAAGUGUGGUUAUUAAACACACAGCUAAGUGUGUGGGUCAAGGUUGCCCCUUUGAACAAAGGUCGAUGGAGACACAAAAUGGUCACUCUGAAAGGAGAAAUUUAUGCCGUGGGUGGAUUUGAUGGAACUCAGCGGUUGUCCACAGUGGAACGUUACAAUUCCUUUAAUAACAGCUGGACGAUGGUCAGUCCUCUCUCGGAGGCAGUCAGCUCAGCAGCAGUCGUAUCCUGUAUGAACAAAUUGUAUGUGAUAAGCGGCGCUGUCGAUGAUUCUGCCAACACAAACAAGGUUCAGUGCUACGAUCCUGAGGACAAUAAAUGGGCAUACAUGGCUCCAUCCCCGCUUUGCCAAAGGUGCAUCAAUGCUGUUGAGUUAGAUGGAAUAAUUUAUGUUGUUGGAGGAAUGCAGAACACAAUAUUCAGUUAUAACCCAGUAAAUGACACUUGGAGUAAUGCAACUAAUCUCCCUGGACCGCUGGAAAGUUGUGGUUUGACGGUUUGUGGUGGAAAUAUUCACAUCUUGGGAGGAAGUGAUGAGAAUGGAGAAGGAACCGACAAAGCAUUUGUUUUUGACCCCAAAACAGGGGAAAUUCAUAUUGAACUACCCUUGCGGCGUUGUAUCAGCUAUCAUGGUUGUGUUACCAUCCUGCAUAAUGCAGGCGCUUGGUAAAAAAAACCAGUAUUCUAGAUAUAUGAACUUGUGCCAUAAACUGUAUUGCCGGACAUGAUUCAAUGUCCAAAUACCUCUGACUUUCUAACUUUUGUUUUGUAACUUUGCAGUGUUUGUUAUAUUUAAAUGGCCUGUGUGUAUAUAGUUUACUUUGUGUACUGUUCUUUAUGAACAACUAAAUGUGAAAAAGGAGGGAUCAUAUUCAGAAUUAAAAUAGAGCUCUGUGAACAAAUGUAGGACUCUUCCUCUUUUAGCUCAGAAUAGAAUAUACAUUGUAUAGUUGGGAUAAUUGUUUCAUGUACCAGAUACAACCAGAUACAACGCUCCCAACCGAACCAAUUUAGUCAGGACAGUAUCGAAAUCAGGAUUGUCCCUCCCUCCGUUCCAACUUUCUUGCCAAUAUUGGGAGGUGUACAGAUUUGUGGAAUGAGACUGCCUGUGAGCUGGCUUAUUGUUUGUUGACAGUCGUAGGAUGUGUCUGUUAUUUUCAGUCUGCUCACAUUAAACUUGUGAUGGAGAACCUGCAAGAUCAACUAUAUUUACUUGUAGUGGACAUAUGUGGUCAAUGGUCAUAGUAAACUUGGUGCUUUUCCAAACUCUAUAUUAUACAGUUACGCACAAGUAUCAUGAUAUUUAUUUACAGAGAAUCGAUAUAUAAAGCAUAACUGAGCCAGAUGAAGUCUUCUAACUACCCUAUGCAGGGUAAAAGUUUAAGGCUCUUCUACCAAGCCUAGCCCAGAACCAGCACAUCCAGGAAACAUCAUAUGUAGGUACUUAAAGGAGCAUAGGCAACAUUUUAGUGGCAAAUGGCUGGAACCAUUCAUGUACAGGCCCUUACAGCCAUAUUUCUUCCCAUGGGGGGUAGGUGAGGGUUAACAGUGUUAAUUUUGAAUUUUAGGAUGUGGCUGACCACUUGUUGUGUUUGAGUUAUUACUGAUAAUUAGAGCAAGUUAUAGCAUCAUAGCCUUAUAAUAAACCAGAUUGAUGGCAAGCAUAGGGCCCCAAGCACUAUCACUCCUUUAUGUAUCAUCUCUAAUGCAUGUGCCAGCAUCACUUUAAAACCCAUUUUCAAUUUCUAUCACAAAGGUGCCGUUUCCCUUCUUUUGCUAUAACCGGAACAGCAUGUUCGAACACGGUCUGUAAAUGUAAUGAGUUGGUAUUCAUUGGACAGUGCCAGACAGUAAACAGUGUAUUUGUAUUGUAGCAAUGGAAUAUCAUCAAUUCAUUUCUGAAAAUAUUUCUCUGACAUACAAACCUUUCAAGUUGCCAGUGAGCGUAUUGUUCCAAUGAAAUUGUUAGGCAUGGGUUAUGUUUUAAGGUGACCGUAUCCUGUCCCCCCAUCAUAGGAAUUCCAGAUAGAAUUUAAUUUAUGACUUCUCAGCACAAUAAUGUAUGAAUCUAAAUAAAUAUGUGGUACAAAACACACAUAUAUUUCUUCAGCAUAUACAGUUUGUAGUGUUAGUAGAUCACUGUACCCCACUCAUUAUUUCCUGUCCUGAUUGUUGUAGCUAUUCUUUGUCACUGUUAGGCAUCCCUAUGCGACAGGUGUCUCUAGACAUAUACCUAAUCUGCCAUUGUUUGCCAUGUCUAUUUUUAUUUUUAGCAUUUAUAUAGCAGCAACAUAUUCUGCUUUUUUAAUUAUAGAAAGGGGAACAGGUGAAGAAGGCACCGCUCAAAUGAGCUUACACUCUAUGAGAAUUUGAGGUAGGCAGAUAUAUAACAUUAAAAAAAUGAAAUAUUUUCUUGUUCACUAUCCCAAAUCCCUAAACACAUUUAAAUACGUGGAGGUUUUUAGAAUCACUCCAAUGGCCAUUCAAGUGUACGCCACGUCAAGGCAAAACCUCUUAGGUGAGUCCUACACUUACAAUUCAGCUAGAAGGGAGAUAUAUAUCUUUAGAUGUCUUGCUCAGGGACACUCACCGUUGAGGUGGUCUGACCGGUAAGCCGGUUCAAGCUUUUCCAUCCAGCCAACUCCUUCUGCCAGCCCUUAUCAUGACUUACUGUAUUCUUUGAAGUUCCAAUUAAAAUCUUAGCACACACCUACAACUCAUCUCUACCUAAACGUUUCAUUUCUAAUAUAAAGUACACGCUUCUCUGCCACCAAUGGUGACCUCUCUAUAUGACUGUAGGACCCUUCUUAUAGACCGCCCUCUCUUCAUGAACGAAUUAGCAUUUUCCUUAGUCUCUAGUCCUUUAAGAAAUGUAAAAAACAAACGAAAGCAGAACAGUAUCCUGGCAAAGUAUGUCAUGCUCCGGCAUGUAUUUCUGUUACGUUAGCUUGUUUCACCCUAUUGCACUUUUGCUCUGUGUGUGUCACGUCUUGUAUGUGUCAUGUGUUUAGCUUUAGAUUAGACACACGUUGCGUUAUCUUUUCUCUUGUGAAAUUGCUCUUUAUCUCUUGUGUAAAUACUCCUCACUUCUAAACUGCAAGGCUAUUUGUAUACAACCUCUUACAAUGUCACAGUGUGUUUUUAUAUACUAAUUGUUCAGUACUGCAGGAUGCGUUGGGUCACUCGUAAUAAAUAUAAAUAAUACA